CCUCGCAGUCGCCAUACGUACCAGAUUCUACCAGUGCCGUGUGCGCCUUUUCUUUUUCAUUCAACUGUUCCUGUAAUAGAACAAGUUUCCUACGAGCUUCUUGAAUGGCAGGUGUAUCUUCAAUCUUGGCAGUAACUGCUGGUUUAGAGUGACCAGAACCGCCGCCAAURGCGCCACCUUCGUCUUUUGAUUCURCUUCGUUAUCAUCGUCUUCUCCAAGGUUAUCCGGWGUUUGCCCGUUGAUACGAGCCCAUACUGCUCCACCGAAUUUUCUCAAUGCUGCACGAUCUUGUAACGCUCCUUCCCAGUCMACUGUACCAUCAUCUCGUACAUAAAGCAAGGGCCCGAUUGCAGUGGUUGUUGCAUUGACUUCCCCCCCAGCUCCMGCAUCKUCGGAUUUCGAUACCAGACUUGAGAGCUCGGGCACCUUCACUUGCUUCAAGAAGGAAGAUGCCGAUUCUUCACUAUUGGAGUCGCCAUUUUCUAGGUCGACACUAUCAAGUACGCGUGAAAGAUUAUCCCUCGUUUUCAGAAGCCUCCUGUAAAUCACAAAAGAACUAGUCAGAUCCUUCCUAUCCCAAUGGAAUUACAGAAUACGCGCCAAAACCCUAGAACAAACCAAAAAGAACGAAGCAGCGUUGAGUAUUUUAAUGUACGUACUCCAUGAGCAUCAUCCGCUCUUCAUUACUAUAGGCAUACCGGCCCAUGCCAACACCUUCAUCGAUUUUCAACACUCCUUUCUCGUCCAUAAAAUCCAWAUCGUCUACAAAGGCUUGACAUGUCAUAUCUUCAAUUCGUUUCGUGACCUGCGAUAGCAAUUUCUCGUAAUCGACKGCUCGCUUUUUGGUUUUGCGAGAGUUAUUCGAAGGUGCAGCUUGCGAAGAUAGGUUUCCAUCGCUUCCUUUUCCAUCGAUUGAAGUUGCACCUUCCGACUGUCGUUCGACUGAAAGAGCAAACUCAGCUGCUGUCCAGUCCUCUAAGGUUUCUCGAAUCCACAUCACAUCCUUCAACUGUCGAAAUUUACUGACCGAUGACGUCAAUGAGUCUUUCUCUGUUUUUCCCAUUUCMUUGCCCCCUAAGUCUUCGUCAUCUACAUCCGAUGAAGAAACGCGGGGAUCUCCUACUGAAGAGACAAAAAGUGAAGUGCGAGCUGCGCUACUUGUUCUCGACGAUAGUAGCAACUGAGCGGUCGUGACRGACUUCGAAAAUCCGACCGACCGCCCCUCCAUUGGUUUCGAAGAAUCGAUGGGUGAUAAAAACUGAAUUCGUUGGUAUUGCGAAGGGGAGAAAGGGGAUACCAAAGAUUCGACGAUCGYACUUGAAAGGAUCAAUAACACGGCGGCGGCACUUGUUACUUGUCGCCCUCGGUGGGCAACCGAAACUUUCGAAACCGUCAUGAUGCUGAUUUCAUCUAAAAUGUAUCGGGKCCUUUUUGUUCGACUUGGUCUGUGAUGUAGCUUCGUACGUCGUUUUUGAAUACCACUGGGAAUCGGUUAUUGCAGGUGUCAASAGGUUGUUGUUAUGAACAGACACUCUUUUCGAUGAUUCAAUUUUCUUUUCCUCUUCAUAUGGCACGACUGCGACUAACUACCAUUGAAAUUUUUGCGUCUCUUCGUAGAUUUGUAGACAGAAAACGGUGAUUUUCACUCACUUUCCUGCGCAGCUGCGAGCAGACGUCCUACAGUAUCUUCUGUACCAGAUUUACGUGCUGUCGUGUUGGGUUGUACUAAGCAGAAAUUUUUGGUACGCAAAAACCGUUACUUUGUUCUUCAUCCUGUUCUUGUUGUUAUCUUGUUCAAUUUCGUUCGUUGUGGUUGGYUAAUCCGAUGCCUUGAACUUGAACAACUUGCGUGCUCCAUGCUAGGCAAUCACAAACAAGCACGCGUAACUUAAAGAAAUUGAAAAAUUGCAACUACACAUUAAAUUUCCAAAAACUCUUACACGUACCGUAGCCAGAAAUCAAAAAUGAUGUUCUGACAAAAAAAUAUCUKUUUCACGCAAACAAGGGGAAUCCCGCAAGUGAAAGUUCGUCUUAAUGAAGAAACCGAGAUCGAUCAAAACGAYCMUCACGCGGUUUUGGAAUCACUCCAUCCAAUCAGUAUGAUACCUCCUGCAGUAAAGAUAGCAGUGAAUUUUAAAUGACCGAAUGAUGGAGCGCUUGCUGUUCAACUUGGUUCAAGAGAGAAACGAAAGAGAGACCCUCCCGUUUGUAGCUAUCCACGACUCGAACGCUACGCUGUUGAAGGAAGCCGAUGCCUGGCAAUACAAGUGUGAAGAAUUAGAGCGACAAGUUGUUGCAAAGCAAGAAUAUUUGGAAAGUGUCGCUGCAAACAGCGGUAUCUCCAACCAUGCAGUUAGUGAUGGUGACAAUGGCGAUGAUGAAAGACGCGAGGAGAAGAAGCUGGUGGAGCUUCACUAUGCCGAAUCCGCUGCUCUCAAGAAUGAACGAAAGAUGAGAGAGGAACUAGAACGCCUUCGAGGCCAAGUCAAAACUCAAGAGGAACGGCACGAAAAAGACGCCCAAGAAGCAAAAGAAGCCGAGCAAUCCCACUCGGAUCUCAAUGAACGAUACAAGRCUCAAGAACAAAAUCUUGUCGCGUUGCAAGAAAAGAACGGCAGGCAAGAGCGCGCUCUGGAAUACUUGAGCACAAAGGUGAAUGACAGCGAACAGCGAGCCAAUCUAGCUGAACAUCAGUGCAUCGGCCUCAAAGACACUAUUCGGCUUCUUCAAGAGGAAACCGAUAAAUUGAAAAAGGAUUAUCGCAAUCUUGAAACACGAUUCAUCGAGGAGAAGUCGCGCUUGUCGAGCGAAGUGAAUAGCCUCAACGAAAUUCUAGAGCGACUCAAAGGAGAAACGGAAAAUCUUCAAUCGAUUAAGAAACAAGAGGAAAAGCGACAGAGCUGGUUCGGUUUUGCUAGCAGCAGCAGCAAAGAAAACAAAGUCGAAGCUAUGUCACAAACAAUGGCAAGAGCCACUACAGUCAAUCCAUCCGAUACAAGAACAGCAAUCCACAAUAGAUUUGAAAAGGACGAAUGUGGCACUGAUUAUCGCAGAAAAAAAGUCGUUCCCGUUUCGGUUGUCGUGCCUUCAAAGCCGAAGCACGUUAUACAGGCGCAUCGCCACGAGGCUUCUUGUGUAAGGUGAGUACUUGGCACAUUUCGAACUGUCUUGAAGAGAAGAUCUUACACSAAGCAAAAUCGACGAUGAGCUCUAACCUCUUUGAUGGAUCAUUGUACAAAAACUGGACAAAGGAGCGAUGAUUCAGGUAUGAUUGUUUCGUGUGGGCUUUUGGACGGGACCGUCAAGAUUUGGAAUGCAUCAGAUGGAUCAAUGAUCGCAAGUUUAAAAGGGGGGAGCGGCAACUCUAUAGUCUCUUGUGACGUUGAGAAUGGCCGUGCCGCUGGUGGUGGGAACGACAAAACUUGUCGUGUGUGGGACAUACAAACACAGCGGAUGCUUCAUCAGCUCGUAGGACACACCAAUAUCAUAACKUGUGUUCGGUUUGUGAGUGGAGGGCGAGGGGUCGUCACCGCUUCGAAAGAUCGCCAAAUAAAAGUGUGGGACAUUUCCAAACAAACGUAUCGAGAAUCAACAAAUAUCGUUCUAACAUCCAGCGCGAAUUCGAUCGAUAUUUCUGAGAAUUCCUAUACAAUGGUGUCUGGUCAUACAGAUGGAGGUCUUCGAUUCUGGGAUAUACGGACCGGGCAAAGGAAUGCCGAGAUCAAAAGUAUGUUGUUUUAUUUGAUACUUGUGAAGAACUUCUAYAUUUACAACUUGACUCCCGCUCAGCCAAUUUUAUCCUUAUUUUCAUCCUCCGCUCUGAUAUGUGUCGAUCACUGUGAUAGCUAUCCAYAAAUUUGCCGUUACGUCUGUGAAAUUUCACCCAUUAGACUGUUCCAAGGUUCUUACGAAUGGAAUGGAUUCGAAAAUCAAAAUCAUUGAUAUUCCCAGUUGCAAAGUGAUGCAAGAAUUCURUCAUAAAGACUUCAAUACUUCAUAUAAUUGGUCAUCCGCUGUAUUCAGUCCUAAUGGUAAGAGGUUUCCGUAUGUGCUUCAAUKUAAUUCAACAUGCACCUACUCACCCUAUCUGAUGUUGGCAAUUGGAUUGUUAUUCCAAAUUAUGUYAUGAUUUCUUUUGGGUGUUUCUCGCUAUUGUAUAGGUGAGUUUGUUGCAUCCGGAUCCUCCUCCACCGGUUUCGUCUUUGUAUGGAACGCGAAUGAUGGUAAAUUAGUUCGGAUGCUGGAAGGGGCGCACCAGUAUGCAGGGGUGUGUGGGAUUGUAUGGGGCGACGAGGGAGCACAAUCUGUCGACAAAACUGGGAAGCUUGUUUUGUGGUCCUGAUUCUUGGUUUCAAGGGCAGAAUAAAUGCUUUGGUUUGACGACGAUGGUUACCAUCUACGCGCAAAGCACUCAAUUCUGUCGGAAUUAAAAGCACAGAUAUGAACAAGAAGAGUAAUAACUAUUGAAGGAAAGAUUUCUUCCUUAAAUCAAAUACCAAACAGUAUAUAAAUACAUAUUUAUUUA